AUGUCUGGUCCCGGAGUUGGUCACGAAUUUCCUCCCCAGGAGGUUUCCUGGCAGAAGCGUGAUGUCUUGCUCUUUGCGAACAGCAUUGGUUGCAAGGCAGAUGAGCUCCAUUUCCUAUAUGAACUCCACCCAAACUUCGCCGUCUUCCCCACUUACCCCUUGAUUAUCCCCUUCAAGCUUACUGACCAGGAGGUCACGGACUUCUAUGCGCGUUCCAAGAGCUCUCCGAUCCCUGGUGUGCCGCAGUUCGACAGCCGUCGCGCGGUAGACGGCCAGCGCAAGCUGACCGUCUUGAAGCCUUUGCCUCCCACCAGCGCCGGGAAGAAGUUCGAGCUGCGCAGCCGGGUCAUUGGCGUCUAUGACAAGGGCAAGUCGGGUUCUGUGAUUGAGACUGAGCAAUCGAUCGUCGACACACAGUCUGGGGAGGUGUACUCGAAGACUGUGAGCAACGGGUUCUUCGUAGGACAGGGCAACUGGGGCGGCCCCAAGGGUCCUAGCGCCGUGAGCUAUGCGCCUCCGCAGGGCAAGAACCCGGAUGCUGUACACGUUGUACAGACGACCAACGAAACCGCACACCUCUACCGACUGAAUGGCGAUUACAAUCCGCUCCACGCCACACCCGAGCCCGGCCAACAGAUGGGCUUCGGCGGCGUCAUUAUCCACGGACUCUUCAGCUGGAACACCGCCGCGCAGGGUAUCUUGCGCGAGCUCGGAGGUAGCGACCCGAAGAAUCUUCGGGAAUUCCAGGCCCGAUUUGCUUCGCCGGUCAAACCGGGCGACAAGCUGACCACGGAGAUCUGGAGAAUGGGAACUCGUGAGGGUGACUUUGAGGAGGUCCGGUUCGUGACCAAGAACGACAAGGGUACCCGGUGUUUAUCAACAAGUCGUAGACCUGUCCUGUCAGUCCCGCGGCAGCUGGUCUCGUGUCCACAUACCGCGGUUUUUGAAGGGAAACGGACGAACUCGACGGCCUCGACUUCAAAGGAAGACAAACUUGAACCGGAAGACCGUCUACGUGAAUUGAUCGAAGGAUCGAAAAAGCCGAGUCAAACGCCGGGGUCAGUAGACUCCAAGAAUGGCAUUUCAUUGCGCAUAAACAAUGCGGGUCGUUUUGGGCUUUUCGGAAAGACAUUUCUCAGGGAAAAUUGCCGUUGUCCAGAGUGCACUCAUCCAGACACAAUGCAACGCAUUGUGGACACGUUCAAGAUACCUAAGAACCUCAAGGCAGAGAAAGUAGACUACGAUAAAGAUGGUGUCAUCGUGCAAUGGUCUGAUGGACAUCGCGCGACCUAUCCGUUCUCUUUUCUCAAUGUAUAUAGUCUUCAGCCCGGGGCAAAGAAAUACCAAUGGCCGGGAUUGGAUCUCAGACCUGUGCCGACCCAUUCCCCUUACGAUCAAGCUUAUCCCACAGUUCUGUUCUCGAGAGUCAUGGAAGAUGACCAGGGCUUACUUGAAUGGCUUGAUAACAUUUAUGAGUGGGGCUUCUGCUUUGUCAAGGGCGUGCCCACGACCCCAGAAGCUACAGAAGAACUGUUGAAGCGGAUAGCGUAUAUUCGACCUACUCAUUACGGCGGUUUCUGGGACUUUACGGCCGAUUUGACGUUCAAGGACACGGCGUACACCACGGAGUUUCUCGGUGCCCACACGGAUAAUACCUACUUUACAGACCCCGCAAGACUCCAACUAUUUCAUCUUCUCUCCCACACUGAUGGGGAUGGAGGCGAGAGCUUACUUGUCGAUGGGUUCCGAGCGGCCGAAACUCUGAGAGAGGAAAACACAACGAACUACUUUGCCCUUGGCUCAACUACACAACCGGCUCACUCGAGUGGCAACCCAGAUGUUUGCAUCCAGCCUGCACAGGAGUUCCCCGUGCUCAAUUACCACCGGGGAUUGAAUCGGCUGUACCAGAUCCGAUGGAAUAAUUAUGACCGCGCCCCGAAGAUGGACUGGUCAUUGAAACAGCAGACUGAGUGGUAUCGCGCAGCAGGACACUGGGAUUCAAUAAUCAAACGGAAGGACAUGGAGAUCUGGACCCAACUGGAGCCUGGGACUGCACUUAUUUUCGAUAACUGGAGAAUGCUCCACGGCCGGUCGCAGUUUACUGGGAAGCGCAGGAUGUGUGGGGGCUACAUCAAUAACGAUGAUUUCAUCUCCAAGUACCGUCUCCUCAAAUUUGGCCGCGAGCGAGUCUUGAAAAACCUUGGAAACUAUCGGCGUUCUCCCAUGAACCCAAGCUAUUACCUAUGA